AUGUUAACUUCCCUGCUAAAAAAACUCCGGCCAAGCCCCAAUCUUGCAUCGAUAGAGCCACUUAAACCAAUUAUAAAAACAAAUAUACCAGGCCUAGAAAGCCGUGCCCUUUUAAAUAACUUAGAAACUGUAACUCAGGAUUUCCGUACAGUCAGAUUUUUUACAGAUUAUGAAAAAAGUGCAGGAAAUUUUAUAGCUGAUGCUGAUGGGAAUUUAAUACUGGAUGCCAAUGCCCAAUCUUCAUCAUUGCCAAUAGGCUAUAACCACCCAGAAUUUGUGGAAUACUUGAAAACCACCUAUAUGAGUCAUUCAAUAAUCCACAGAUCAUCCUGUGCACUAAACCCUCCUGAAGACUGGCCAGAAAAGCUAAGAGAUGUCCUUAUGCCUUUGGCACCUGAAGAUCUAAAUGAGCUUUUCAACUCUUGUGGCUGUGGAACUGGAGCUAACGAAAAUGCUUUAAAAGCUGCAUUUUUAUGAUACUAUAAAAACCAAAAUGGCUCAGAACCGACUGAAGAGCAGCUUAAAACGACAAUGGAAGGCAAAGCUCCUGGGGUGCCAAAUUACGUUAUUUUAAGCCACACUGGUGCUUCACAUGGCAAACUUCUAGGGACUUUAUCAGCAUCUUCAGCCUCAGCUGAUGCCAAAUUAGAUUUCCCUGCAUUUAAUUGGCCAACAGCACCUUUCCCAAAGCUAAAAUACCCAUUAGAAAAUUUCAUAGAAAAUAAAGGAAUUGAAGCCCAAGCAUUAGAAGACACCAGAAAUUUAUUUAAAAAUAGCCCAAAUCCUAUAGCAGGGAUUAUAUUUGAGCCAAUUAUGAACGAUGGGAACUAUUUUGCUAGCAAAUGGUAUUAUCAACAAUUGCAAAAUAUUGCUAAAGAAUUUAAAGCAGCUAUUAUUGUGGACGAAACUAAUGUAGGCUUUGGAGCUUCAGGGAAAUUAUGGUGCCAUGAGAAUUUUGGGAUCCAGCCUGACAUUAUGACUUUUUCCAAAAAAGCACAGGUAAGUGGGUAUUUUUGUAAAAAAGAAUUCAGGCCUGCAAAACCAUACCAGAUAAUGAAUAUACUAAAAAUGGCUGAUUUUGGCUUAAAUUAAUACCAUGAUUUUAUUAAAAUAAAUUCUUAUUAAUAGAGAAUACAUGGUGUGGAGACCCACUUCGUCUACAAUUGUUGGAAGGGGUGUACAAAAUAGUAAAAGAAGAUGAGUUAAUUAGCCAAGCUGGAGAAGUUGGAGAUUAUCUUCUUAAAGAACUGAUGAAAAUCCAAGGGAAAAAAGGGAAAAUCAGCAAUAUCAGAGGGAUUGGGCUGCAUAUUGGUUUUGAUAUGCCAAAUAGAGAGAUGGCUUGGAAUUUUUAUAGGAGUAUGCUGAAUAAAGGAGUUCAUGUCGGAGUUUCAAAAGAAAAUGUAAUUCAGCUUAGGCCUUCACUAAUAUUCGAAAAGAAGCAUGCAGAUAUUUUCUUAGAAGCUACAGCUGAAACUUUAUAA